UUUUUUUUUUUUUUUUUUAAAAAACCGGUUCAACUUAUUUGAGUUAGAUAACGCUAUUAGCUUCCGCCGACCAAGCCGUUCACCGAUGCCCUCAGCGAGCUUGCCUGCCCUCACUUAGAUUUUGAUCAAAGUUGCUGCAAGCUAGCGUUAGCUCGCUGCUGCUCCCCCUUAAAGCAUUGAAGUGGCCACAUAAACAUGCGGAUCAUCGAGGCCGAGACCCCUGGGAUAUCUUUAAACGCUUCCUGCAGGACACGACUUCUGACUGGCCGCUGACUGGACUCUGCAGAGCUGCUGUAGAGGACAGAGAGUGACGGAUCUCAAGGACCAGAUUGCCUGCCGUACUUUUUGCCUCUCAGUCAGAUCGCCUGGGACCAUGCUGUCCAUCUUGGCUGCUGGGUCUGUAUUCUUUCCAGGCCUUUUCCUUCUGUCCAAACAGUGUCUGAAGUCCAUCCCCGCGCUGAGAUGGAGCGAAGGAGACGCAGUCAUCGUGUCAGCCAGGUUGGUGUCAUCGGUUCAGGCAGUCAUGGCUUCCUCAGCUGGCUACAUCAUUGCUUCUUCCUGCGAGGACAUCAUUGAGGACCAGCACUGGCUUACUAGCACUUACAUCAUGUUUGCUGUCCCCUACUUUGUGUACGACAUCUACGCAAUGUUCAUGUGCUACUGGUACAAGCUGCGGGUCAAAGGGCACGAGGAGGCCUCGGCAGCACCCCAGCACAUGAGCUCUGCCCUGACCAGUUACUUGCGCCGCGAGUUCCUCAUGGUUCUGCACCACGUUGUCAUGGUCACCGUCUGCUUCCCUGUCUCUGUGUUCUGGCGGCAAGGAAAAGGAGAUUAUUUCCAGGGUAUAAUGUUCAUGGCUGAGCUCAGCACUCCAUCUGUCUGCUUAGGAAAAAUACUCAUACAGUACAAACAGCAACAUACUCUGCUGCACAAAGUGAAUGGGGCUCUUAUGCUGAUCACUUUUUUCAUCUUUCGAGUCCUACUCUUCCCUUACCUCUACUACGUCUAUGGAAGGUACGCGUCCAUCCCCUUCCAUAUGGUCCCCCUGAGGGUGCCGUGGCACUGUAACCUGGGUGCCGCUCUGCUCAUGGCCCCCCAGCUCUAUUGGUUCUCCCUUAUCUGCAGGGGUGCCCUCCGACUGUUCAAGGGCACCUCCCGCUCUCAGAGACCGUGUGCGAGCACAGCCGCUGCUAAGGAGAGUCAAACGGACGGCAGCGCACUGCCACAGCCCGCCAACGGCUACAGCACGCGCCCAGCGGAGCCUGAGCUGGCCUCUCACUGAGGAGAGUCCGGCGGAAGGGGAGGGCGGGGAAGGCAGGGAGGCGAAUGUACCAAUGAGUAUGUAAAAAGGAAGGAAAGCAAUGAGGGAAAAGCAAGACUUGAAAAAAGGAGUUGAGAAGUCGGCCUCUAAUAACGCUGAAGUGUUUGCAGCCAGCCAACAGCUUAAUGAUUUCUGUGGCUGGCCUCCAACUACUUCAGCUUUUUAGUUUGUAGGGAAACGAGUGUUGGGGCUCUCAGUAUUUUAAGAUGUCAUCUGGCACUGUGACAGAUAGCAACAUGCACUGACCGGACAGGAACUUGCCUGGAUGUAUAGCGGGCAUAGGUGGCUAUUUCCCUCCUGUAGAUCAAAUACAGUCCUCUCUGCCUCACUGUACAGGAAGAGUAGGAAACUUGGAAUGUAUUAUAUUGUAUGUUAGUAUGUUUGCUGUAGACGGAAGGCCUGAUUCAGUUUAGUGACGAAGAAGACCUUCAAAAAAACAAAAAAGGAAAGAAAAAAAAACCCAGCUAAGCAGUAUUUUGACUUGUUAGUGUUUAUUAUCUGUAUCCUCUAUGUAGUCACUGUCACUCUAACAAAAUGUAACCAACCCGCAGACUGACUCAUCUUUAGAAGGAAGAUAAUGUCAUAAUACUGUAUUCUGCUGCCUUAUCCCGUUUCCCCCGUUGUUUGCAGUUUCUUUCCACUUUAAUUUGUUCUUAUCCUCAGAAGGAAAAAAGGCUUUCCUGUGAUGGUUGUACAUAGCAGAUGUGAAGUUGUCCUUUCCAUGUCAGUAUUAUGUUGAUGAUGAUUUUAUUUUUUCAGGUUCUGUCCAAUUUCUAUGAGUGCAUAUUAGGGCCCCUCCUCAUUUAAGAGAAAAAAACACGCAGGACACAAUUUUGAUAUGAAAUUUACAUAAAAAUUGUCACAAAUGUAAGAUUGGGAUAAAGGAAAAAAUCAUUUUUUAGGAGAGAGAUUUACGAGACAUUUUUAGAAACAUUUUUUUAGCUUUUUUUUUCCUGAAACACUCCCAUCACUUGUCUUUAGGUGCAGUUAUUCCCUCACAGGUGAAGAGUUAGACAUAACCUCACGUUGUUGUUUCACAUUGGAGGAGGAUGCAACAUUAUCAUUAGUUGUGUUAUUCUCUGCUGCUCUGGUCAGAAUGUCGCCCUCUGGCUGAGUAGUCUUUCAAACCAUUACAUUUUCAUACAGUUCUACAUCUUUAACACAAACACUACCUGAAAGACAUACAAAUCAUUUCACAGUUUUAACGCUUGGCGUGUGCCAUCACCUCAAGACUCUCAGUGGUUCUCGUUUCAGUGUAGAUGUUACUCCAUUCCACUCUCUGGUGUCGCUAUUUUUAAAAUAAAUAUUGCAUACGGCUGCUGAGAAGUACUCUUAAAAGUUCUUCUUUUUUCUUUUUUUUUACUUUGGUCCCGUUGAAUAUGGCGUUUUAUCCAAUUGUGUGGCAGGAAUAUUUCACAAAGGGAUCGAUGAGAUUUCAGCGUGUCUUGGCUUUGUUAGGGGACGCACUGUUUAUGUUUUAAGGGAAGCAAAGAUAUUAUCUCGUAGGGCAGCAUCCCCCUAGUGACUGAAAAUCUGCACACCUAUCCAAAUUAAAGCCAUUAUUUCAAUUGGUUAAUAAACCCUUUUCACAGUAUAUGAAAUUCCCCCCAUCAUCGAGACACUUUUUGGGUUGUUUUCUUUAAUCAUCAUUUAUGUAAUGCAGCUACAGUGUCCUGGAAAUGGGUCAAGAAAAUAGUCAUCUAAAAGAGCUGGAGGGAAGAAAAAAAAACACCCCAUCAAGACAGGGUAGUGUGUGCCAAAGCAUCUGGACAGCUGUGGGCAUGUCGUACACAGAAUAUCCAUUCCCCUGCUCCAUGGAUUCAUAAGGUACUGCUUCUUGACAAUACUGAAACAUUUCAACUGAUGUACUGUAUAUUCCACAAAAUGCUUGUUAUUUAUUUGUAAGUAUUUAUUUAUUUAUUUAUUUGGUUUGUGAUUUUUGAAUGCAUAUUUAUGCAUACAUAUUAUACUCUAUGCUUCGGAGCCUUACAUGAAGGCUGUAUUGUUACUCAAAUUUAGCGAAAAUAUACUUCUAUGUCCUCAGCCUGUCUUGAGUCGGUUUGUUUUUUUCAUGUGAUCAUCAGAUUUUAAGGUCCUCGUAGUCUGGUUCAAUGUGUAUUACAUGUUAUCAGGGUUCAGAUGGCCUGUAUCUGUUUAAGUGUGGGAUCUUGGCGCAGUUUAAUAGUCCGGUGAGCCAGAAGAGGGUGCCAGACAACACACAGACUACUCCCAUUUUAAGCGUUUAGAAAUAAACUUUUAAACUCUU